AUGGAAUCUACAACAGAAAUUGUGUCUACAACUGUGGAUCAUCCAGUUGAGGUGAAAUCUGAGGGUAUUGUUGAGCCUAAUGCUACUGCUACAAUCACGACAAGUAGUAUUACCAUUGAGCGGACAAAUCAAAGUAUUGAUGAUGAGAAUAUUGAAGAGAAUGUUACCAGUUUGAUUAAACAAACUAUUGUCAUCAGUCCUGAGCCAGUUGGCUCAUUAUCAUCGUCAUCAGCACCUGAAACCCUUCCACCACAAACAGUUAACGAAUCAAAUCUAAUCAAUGGUGACAGUAUAAAGGAUCAACCGUUGCAAGUUAUCAAAGAGACAGUUGUCACUGUAGUCAAAGAUGAGAUACGCAAAGUUGUAACAGAGGAGACUAAACCGACUGAAGCUUUACCAACAAGCUCUCCAAUUAUAGAAAUAUUAGAAGAACCUGAUGAUGCAAGUUUAAAAGUAGACGAAACACCAAAAGAAGAGUCUACGGUAACAUCAACUGACGAAGUCAUAGAACCUGUACUGACAGAAACUGUUGUCAAACGAGGAAAUAACACGGAUAAAGCGGAGGCAGAAAGUACUGAGCAACCGUCAGUGCAAGAUCUGUCUGAUGCUAAAUAUCCACAAAGACCACCUCCACCAAAGUUAUCUGAGCAAGGCAAGAGAACACAAACUCUGUCCACUUCACCGUCAAAUGAUGUCAUCACAAAUGGAGUAGGCCAAAAUCAACAACACCAACAACAACAUCAACCCCAACAACAACAACAACACCAUAAUCAAGAAGCAACACCUGAAUAUAAACGUCCAUCUUUCAAAUCAAAUUUAAAACAUGCCUUCAGUAAUAUACGCAAAAGUUUUAAACGUAAAGACCAGACACCGAAUCCAAAUGAUUUUCAACCAUCUCAGAAAUCCACGCAUAGAAAUAAUUAUCAUCGUAAUAAUAAUAAUAAUAAUGUGGACAAUGAUUAUCAUCAUGGUGACGUUCAUAAAACAUCAGAAGAAUUACAAGAAUCGUUAUCUAAUGUUCAAUCAUUUGAUUCAUCUAUCAACGAUUCACCAGAAUUUAAACGUCAUUCAGAUACCAACAAUUAUCGAAAAAAUCAAAACGAAAUAGAAGCUGUCAAUUCUCUUGGCAAUAUAGCUCCACCAGCGAUACCAACAAAAAUGUCUGCCGAUCCAAACAAUCCAAUCUAUGUGAAUCAUUCACUCCACUCAUCGACUAUCGAUAAAAAGGCUAAUGAUGAUACUGAUAAACAUAUAUAUGCCAAUAGUCAAGAGUUGAACAAUGCUCGAAAGGCAAAGGAGUUCGCAGCCGCUGCUAUAGCAGACUCGGUUAUCAUAGAUCAACUGGCCUAUGAAGAGACCACUUAUUGGAGAAAUGUUCAACAUCCACGAUCAAGUAUUAAUAAUUAUCGACAAAAUCAUUUCAUACGCAGUGAACAGUGUUCACCACAUCCUGUGAGUAGAUCACAAAGUCAACUGACAAACAGUAGAGCGGUGAAACCUUUUAUGACACCAGAUUUACGCUCACGAGCAACAUCUUCACCGAAGCCAGCAAGACCUAACCAACCACCGAUUCUGUCACCAUUGGAUCAACAAAUACCUGAUCAUGUAUCAACCAAUAGGCAUGAAGUGAACGUCAGACGAUUGGAUAUAGUGAAUUCAAUGAAACUACAACAUAAUAAACAUUUGGAUUAUGAAAGUGAUCAUACGGAUAGUGGAGGUUACAGAGAGACUAUACAAGGUCAAUAUCAACCACACUAUUAUUCGUAUACAAUGCGAGCAGAUCAAAGAAUUGAUGAGCCGUACAAUGUAUCUGGCAGUUUGGAUGGAAGAUAUCCACAAGAGUAUGAACAAUAUCCGUAUGAAAGUCGUCGAAUACAAACAAUGAGACCUACAGAUUAUCCAAGUAGACUUCGUGAAAGAAUUCAUGUGUAUCGACCAGUAUCAGCAUCUGGUGGUGUUAUGGCAGGAACACUACAAUAUGAUGAAUAUAGUCGUAAUGGAACAUUGAAACCACGUAAACCAAAACCGAUAGCAGAACACUACAAAUGCAGUGAAGUUUACAACUGGCCACCGAAAUUCCCAAAGUUGAAAAGACGUAAAACACACCCACCGAAACAAAUUCAUACAGCACAAGAUCAUGUAGUGAUUAAGUCACAGACUAGACAACCUGUGAACUAUCAAGCAACUCUAACAAAUCAAACUCGAUCAUCUGAACCUGUACACUGUAUUAAGGUCAGUCCACAAUGUCAAACUUUGGGUUAUAAUAAACGUGAUUCAAGUUAUUCACCAGAAAGACAAGUGACUAGUCUUCAUUCGUUACAAAGGUCAACUUUAUUGGAAAAAUCGAAUCGAACAGUUGAACCAGCUUCAAGAGAUCAAUUAUUCAUAGCCGAUUACAAACAAAUGCCAAGUGCUCAAACAUCACCAGUGCUUAUUCGUUACAGACCCCAGGAAACACAAUGUGGGAUCAGGAUGUCAGGAUAUGAUAGAAGUUUGAUGAGUUCUGACAAAUCGAAUCUUAUAACGCCGCCUUACUUCACUAGAAUUGCAGAGAACAAACGUUUGGCAAAGUUCAAUUUUAACCACACUAAUAAUAACAAUAAUAACAUCGUUGUCUCAGCUGAUAUUAUACAAUCGGAAUCACCGAAAGCUUUGAAUACCUUAAAAGACACCCUGAAAUCAAUGCAUCCAUUUUUACAAGAUUGGAUAAAUAAAAAUGACAAAGUUGACGGCAGCGGAUCUCAAAAUGAUGAACAAAAACCGUCGGACAAAGUGGUGAUUAAUUGUUUAUCCGAAUAUUUAUACACAUGUAUGAAAUUGCGUUCAUUAGAUCUACAGGGUGAAUAUGCUGCCUUUGUAUUUCCAUUGAAACAUUUCAAUGAAAAAUCAUGGAAUAAUUAUGGUGCUAUUGAAGGUUGGGAAGAUUUAUCGAUUGUUUGUGCACCGAAUACUAAUUAUGAAUAUGUUGUAUUAAAAGAAUCAAAUAUUCAUUCAAAUAAGCUGAAAUAUACUCAAAAAACAAUAGACAAACUGUUAACCAAUUGGUUAGACAACCAAACCACAAAAUCACCAACUCCAACUACAAAUGCCAGCCACAAGACGAAUACACUCGACCAGAAAGCCAAAGCAUCAUCUGACGAAAAGAUAUUACACUCAAUAUUUAUGGCAACAAGCCUGAAAAGUAUAUUAAGCCUAGACGAUAAGGAGAAACAACCAGACAUUAAUAUACAAAUACUCGUGAACUGCAUAAAACUAGGCGUUCUACUAAGUCUAAGUGAAUGCUUACACAACACUACUCCACCACAAGAAGUACCGCAUGACAUCAACAGAUCAGUAGAAUUUGAUUUGAAACCAGAAAAUAUCCUACUCAUCCUGUCAGCAUCCAAUUGUUUAACAAUAUUCAAACCGUACGCAAAACUUCAUCAUCCCGCCGAUCAACAGAAUCACCAAACUUCUCCUUCACAUCAAGACGAAGCAGCAAAGUCGGAGACGCAUGAAAAAGACUCAUCAAAAGAUAGUAAUCAGCAUAACAACACCCUGAAAUCCUUCUUCACUAAUCUACAUAUCAACCAGGGUGAAUCAAUCAAUGACGUGAUCAAUGAAAUAAUGAAACAACUCCACGAACUUGCAAAACAUGAAUUCCAAGCAUCAUCGCCGGAAGUAACCACUUCUUUAUUGAAGGCUGUAGCACCACCUGAUUGGAUUGCAAUGACUCUAGCUAGAAUUUGUCUAUACAAUCAACAAACAACCAGUUAG